AUGGCAUCUUCACAAACGUCACAAGAGGCUGCAUUUCCAGCAACGCGGCGAACGCGUAAAUCGACGACUGGCUUCUCUCCCUCCAACGCGACCGACAAGGAAAACACGAGCAUGGAGGAGUUCAGUGCACCAGGUGGCCUCGCCUCGACGGCGGCCGCAAGCAAAAAGAAGCUGCGCAGCAAGAGCAUGGGGCCCGGUGGCCUCGAUGCGCUCAAAUCCACAUCAGGGAACCGUCGUGUGUCCCUUGCUGUCCCAUCACGGCCACCACCACGGUCGAUCCUCAAGCCAACCAUGCCCAUCCUCCCCGACAUCCCUCCACUGAAGCCCAAGACCAAGGCCAAGGGCAAGGGCUCGCCGGCCCGGAAUGGCGGCGACGACAACGGCACAACGCGUGUUGCUCUGCGCACAGAAGAGGAACAGCAGGCGGCCGCCCGGGAGCGCGAAGAGCGGGAACGCGCCGCGCGAGAAAAGGAAGUCAAGGACCACCGCGAGGCUCGGCGCAAGUCGCUCGCCAACCGCCGCGUCUCCUUUGCCGCCGAGGCUACUCUGCACACCUUCCAUGAGAUGGACUACCCCCAAGACUCGACCACGUCGACCGACAGACCGGCCCCUUCGCCGGCACCGCCUGGCUUGCCAGAGACGCAAUUUGACCGCGACCUGGACCGCGAACUGCAGGGGCCAUCCGACCCACCGUCAACCCCACCUGAGCAGGUGGAGGAUGCCGAAGUCGUGGAAUCGCCUCCCGAUAACCAAAGAGAAAUGCACCAGGCCAAAAACCGGCGCAGCUCGACUGGCGCGCCGGCCUUGGGUUUCCAGGGCGCGAUGGCGGGCGGCGACGACAAUACGAUCACAUCGACUGUCUACGAUUCGGACGGCGGCGACGAGGUGGAGGAAGACGAGGAUGGUGACGAGAUGGAAGACGACGAUGUGGCCUCCCACUCGGAUUCGGAAGCUGGCGAUUCGGACGAAGGUGACGGCGCCACGAUGGUGACUGUGGACGCCGACGAGAUGACGUCUGCCUCUGUCAUGUCCAUCCUUUCAUCCAUUUCUAUGCAGGAGUCCAUGUCGCCGAUCGAGUCGACAACUGACGUCGAUGAGGCUUUACGGCUGGCUACCGAGCACGCCGGUGCACAGGCCGAUGAGACACGCCGCCAACGGCCACUCGACGAGGAUGAGGAAGUCAUCCAAGGCUUUAUCGGCUGGGGGAGUAAGAAGGCUGCAAACAACGCCGCCCCAAGCGCAGCCGCACCUAUCCAGCACGCCGUCCAGUCGCCGCAGAGCGAGAGGGACGAGGACACGGCCAUGUCGAUGGACAUGGACAUGGAUAUGGACAUGGACAUGACCCGGCCCAUGGGCGGUAUUAUCAAGCCCGCACAGGGCGGCCGGCAAGAAGACGAGAUGUCCAUGGACGUGACGCGUGCCUACGGUGGCAUUAUUCUGCCUCAGCCAACGGCCGACGUGGAGUCUGUUGCUAGCAGUCCGAUGAUCAUGCCAGACGACAAUCUUGCCGGCAAAGAGCCGAUGGAGCUCACAACGGGCAUCGGCGCCAUUCGUCCAGCACAAGACAACGAUGCCGAAUCGGUCGAUCAGGACGGCCUUGAAGACAUGUCCAUGGAACUCACGGCGGUUUUGGGCGGCGUGCUUGGCCGGCCUUCUUUCGGUGCCAAUAAGACGCGUCGUCUGAGCCGGCGGCAAACCAUCCGCGGCCCCAACGACGACGACGACGAUGCUCCCAUGGACAUUACACUUGGCGUUGGUAAGAUCUUUGCGGGAGGUAACGGCGCAGCAGCCCAGGAACAGAAGGAGAACGAAGACAAGCACGAGGACAGCGACGACGACGAGGCCAAUAUGGACGAGGCUACGAUGACAAUGGGCAUGGAAAUCACUACUGCACUAGGCGGCAUCCUUAAGCCGGUAUCACCUGCAAGAAGACGAUCCCUGGCUCCUGCAUUGCUCCCCGCGCCCGUCAACGGCGCAGAGAACGCGGAAAACACACAAACACCUACGCGGCCGCGCAGGAAAUCAUCCUCUCCACCAAAAUCUGUCACCCGGUCGGCAACCAAGGCUAAUGCCACGGCCAGCCCAGGCUUGUCUGCUUUCUCAGGCAAGGGCAUUCACCGGACACCUGCUCGUGGCAGUGAAGCCGAGGGACAGCAGUCCGCACGACCUGUCUCCUCGUCUCCAAAGAAGGCGCCCGAGCCCGAGCCUGCCACUAAGCCGAGCAAGACGGCUGCCGAGCCGGCAACGCCCCAGAGAUCCUCACCGGUGCGCUUCAUUGGUAGCCGCUCCAAAUCGCCCAAAAGAAAGGCCGCCUCGGCUGAAAAGUCUACGACGCCUAAAUCACUGCCCAAGGCCAGUACCGCAUCUUUUUCGAAAUCGCUUUUCUCGCAGAACCCGUCGACUGGCGCCACGGGCCCGCCUGUCGUUUUGACACCCCAGGGACGUCGCCGGCAGACUGCUUAUGCUGGUGCUGGGCCGUCGUCACCCAAGAUCACCGAGAUCUUCAGCCGGAGAUCGUCACUUGUCGAUGCGGCCUCUGAAUUUGUGGUGGGCUCCGCCCAGAAGGACCGCCCUGCUGUCUCGUUCGAAGAACUGUCUCGCCAAGGCACACCCCCCGACGAUGAGGCGACAGGCUCUGGCCCCCUGGACGACCGUGAAGCCACUCAGAACCUCAAGGACCUCAUCCAGAACCUCUCGCCCAAGAAGAACCCAUUAAAGGGCCGCAAGAGCCUGCAUGUGGGCAGUGCCAAGGGGCUUCUGGGCAAGCGGCCCCACGAGCUGGAUGAAGAUGACCUCGACGAUGAUGACCUCGAGAGCCAGAACUUCGUCAAGCGGCUCAAGGGCGAGCCCAGCCCUGUUAAAAACGUCCGGCUGCAGCAGCCGCCCUCCAUGAUGGAAACGAUUGGCCGGUCGUCUCGCUCGCGGAGAAGUCCCUCGGCCACCCCGCUGCCCUUUGACGGCCAGCAGCAGAGCACAACGCCGUCCAAAUACGAGAACGCGUCCAAGGACCUCAACUUUGACGACGAUAACGAUGCCGCUGGCGGAGAAGCCGCGGCCGAGGACGAGGACGAGGAUGACGCUGAGCGCAUUCACUUGCAAGACUUCCUCAAGCUUGCCAACAUUCACUUCAUGGAGCUGGAGACGACCAAGCGGCGGGCCACCGAGGGUCCGGGUGCCUUGAACAAAGACAGUGGCAACAGCCACAGCCGUCUCUCGACCGACGAGGACGGCAAGCCCAAGGAUCCCGAGAUCGAAUCGCUCGUGACAACAGUCUGCAAGGUGCCUCUCUUGGAAAUGUACCAGCAUGCGUGCCGCGAACUGAAAAACUACAUUGAAGAGGGCCGCUCCAUUAUGCGCGAAAUCGAAACGGAGACGUACGAAGACAACCCGCCCAUCUUCCGCGAAUAUACGACCGCUACACCCGAGAUGCGCGCACAGAUGGACAACCAGUUCAAGAACAUCAAGAUUUUUGCACGACUGCAGAGCAAGAAGCAGUGGUACGAGUGGCGCACCAAACUGCACGAGGGCCUCCAGGAGGGCAUGCUCAAGGUGCUCCGCGACCUGCAAAAGGACAAGGAUGUGCUGAAAGAGCGACGCGAUAAGGUCGACGCCGUCUACCCUGCGCUGCUGGCCGAGUACGAGGCCCUGGAGCGGGAGCGUGUCCAGCUCGAGACCUUUGCGGCACAGCUCGGCGGUGACAACCAGGAGGCCCUGAUUGCAGCCCGCGUCCAAAAGAGCCGCCUGGCCGAGACCAUCGAGGAGCACAAGGGCGCGACGGCGCGUCUCGAGACAGAGAUGAAGGAGAGCAGGGCGCGUGUGGCGGCGAUGAAGACGGAGCGCGAGCAGUAUCUCAAGGAGCUCGAGGAGGCCAAGCGGAUCCAAGAGGAGCGCCGCAGCUGGAGCCACCAGGAGAUCUCGUCGCUCAAGACGCAGGUCGACGCGCUCGAGAAGAAGAGCGGCUGGGCCGUGACGGGCGCGCAGGGCACAACGCUGUCUAUGGCCUACCGCCGCGAGAUUGAGCUCGUCUUUGACGUUGCCGCGUUCCGGCCCGGCGUGCAGAGCAACGCGCAAAUCGACCUCUGGUACAUUGGACACACACGUACGCGCGACCCGCAGCCCUGCACGCCCGAGACCGAGUUUUUCUUGCAGUGCAUCCGCGACCACGUCCGCGGGCUCAAGCAGGCGGAGACACACCCCGGCAGGCUGUUGAAGGUGGUCCGUGCGAGCUGGGACACGGCCAAGCAGGCGGCCAAUCAAAUCCGCCACCUGAACCUGACGUUUCCCACGACAACAACCAAGACGUCCGACACGUCCAUUGCUGUGGCCGUCAGCAUCCUGCUGGCACCGCUGCGCACCAAGGUCGAGGUGACGCUGCACCUGCGCAGUUUGGGCUCCGGUUCCGGUUCCGGUGUCAACUCCAGCAGCGGGGAGAAAAAGGUGCGGGGACUGCGCAUCGCCGUCUCGUCCGAGGCCCGUGUGGUCUAUGGUGAGCCAUUCAAUGCGGCCAAGAUGGGCGAGUUUCUGGCGGCGCGGAUCGGUAAGCGUGUUGCCUCGGGCGCGGCCGCCACAGCCGCCGCCAAAAUGAACAAGGGCAAGCCGGCUGCCGGCUACUUUUGGGUGGACAUGAUGGAGGAGCUCAAGGCGAAGCUGCUCGUGCGCGGCCGUAAACUGGUGGCAAGGGACUGA